AUGAAUAUUAGGAUGAAAUCCUCCACCAGAAGUAACAGUAACAUCACGCCGAUGAAAUCAACGGGAAAUAUCAACAACAGCAGCAGUACCAUUAAGAAGAAGAAGCUCAGCCAAUCACAAUCUCAAUCUCAACAAAAACCACAAGAACUAUUACAAACCCGUCGACCAUCAGAAUCUCAACAACAACCACCACCACAAUUGGAUAGUUCAGAAGAAUCCUUAUUAUUUACAGACGUUGUACUCCGUGGAGUUCAUCACUGCAGUGUCCGCGGCGAUGGAGGUAUUCCCAUUACUCCCUUAAAACGAUUGGCAACCGAUCUCCAGCAGGAAUUACGAGAAAAUGGUUCUCAAUCUCCUCGAGUAGAAACGCCUGUGGAUAUUCCGCAUUCCUUAUCUUUCACUGCCUCUAUUAUGGGGCCAGUUCCUAGUAUGUUAAGAGAAAUGGCAGAAACUCCUCAUGUCUCUUUUGCUCCUGUCCCAUUGGAGGAUAGUAAUAAUAUGGAUGCUGUUAAUAAUGCGGGAAAUAUCUCUGUUGUGGUGCGUGUACGUCCACGUCGCUCAAAUAAUAAUAAUAAACCGCUUUGCUGUAAUGUGAUUGAUCCUCAACAAGGUAUUAUUGAACACAUCACUUCUUCUCGACAGUCCCCACCAUUAAUAGAUUCCGUUCGAUUUGCCGCUUCUUCAUAUUUACCACGAGAAUCUUCAAAACGCGCCAACUCUGAGUCUCAAUCACCGGAAUCUAAAAAGCGAACUUUCACGUUUGAUGCUAUUUUGGAUGAAUAUGCAAGUCAACGAGAUACAAUGGCAUGUGUAGGGCAUAAAUUACUUCAAUGUAUACUGCAGGGAUAUAAUGGCACUAUUCUCUGUUAUGGACAAAGUGGAAGUGGAAAGACUCACACUAUACUUGGACCCGGUGGGGAGAAGAAUGAUAUUUAUUUAGAUGGUGAACAUGUGGGUUUAUUACCACGAAUGUUGGGAGAACUCUUUCUUUCACUUCGUAAGAAGUAUGCCGGUAUAGAGGGAGAAGAAGAAGAAGAAGAAGAAAAAAAAAAGGAAGAAGAAGAUGAUGAAGAUUAUAUGGAAGGAGAAGGAAGGGAAAGUGUGAAAAUAAAUGAUGAGAAUUGGCUUUGGCAAGUACAUAUCAGUGCAGUGGAACUCUAUCAAGAAGAACUUCGAGAUUUACUCUUUCAUACAGCACCUCGGUCGGGAAGUGAAUAUGGAGGAGGAACGAGUAGUAGUAGUAGUAGUAUGAUUACCAUUAAACCAACCCAUCGCUACUCCGCCUCUAUUAUCUCAGACUCUCGUAAUUCCUUUUCACCAUUACCCUCCGGUCGACAUUCUCUUUCACGCCCAUCUCAUCGACCAGAACUUCAUAUUCGAGAUGUGGGUACUGGUGUACAAGUGGAAGGACUUUCUUGGCAUAAAGUCUGUGAUUUUAAUGAGGCUAUGCGGGCAGUGAACAUUGCCGUUCAACAACGUCAAGUGGCAUCCACCGCAUUAAAUGCGAGAAGUAGUCGUUCUCAUUUAUUAUUUUUUGUUCGUGUUCAACAACGCGAUCCUACCAUGAUGGCAAAGAAGGAACAACAUGGUGGGGAUUAUGGUUGGGUGCAAUCAUUAUUAACAUUUGUGGAUUUAGCAGGAUCAGAGCGAGUGGCCGCUACUGGUGCAGAGGGACUUCAAUUAAAAGAAGCCCAACGUAUUAAUUUAUCUCUUACAUUAUUGGGAAAUGUUAUUCGUAAACUCUCCGCAGCCGCAGCCGCUAAUAUAAAGAGAGAAGAGUUGGGACAUAUUCCCUUUCGAGAUUCCAAACUCACUCGCCUAUUACGGGAUAGUGUUGGGGGAAAUACAAUUACUGUACUCCUCUGCACAAUCUUACCAGAUGGAAAGAAUGCCACGGAAACACUAUCUACAUUAAAUUUUGCAAAAGAUGCGAAACUCAUUCGAAAUCGACCAGUCGUAAAUCGUAUCACAACAAUGGCAGAAUUACAGGCAAAGUUAUUAGCAGCGGAACGUCGGAUUGCCUCUCUUGAACAAGAAAAGGGAAUUUCUGAAAGAAAAUAUCUCGAACAACAACAAAAACAAAAACAACAACAAGAACAAUCCCAACAACGACAACCAUCCCAAUCUCAACAUCGACAAGAAGGAGAUGAGAGAAGUAGUGGAAAUGGACUUUCCGAUGCUGAUCCUUUAAUUUGCCCAAUGUGUUCCACGCAUAUAAGUUCCCCCAAGGGGCCCUUUUUCUCUCAAGAUCAUGAAAUGGAUAUGAACAGUGAUGAAGCCGCCGUUCGAUUGGAUUUCUAUUCUUCUUCUUCUGCUGCUGCUGCUGCUCAUCCAGAUGUGUUUGUCUCUAAAGAUGAUGAGAUUAAAGCUCUACGGGCCAAACUAAUGAUGAUGACGAAUAAAUUACAUCAGACACAAGCAGAACUCAUGCGAGUGCAAUCCCGCUUUUUGGAGGAACGUCAAAAGACAUCAGAUGAAGAAGAUGAAAAGGAAGAAGAAAAGGAAAAGGAAAAGAAGGAGAAUCCUGAGAUACCACCAGCAAGAGAAAAAGAAAAAGAAAAAGAACAACAGGCAAAAGAAGAAAAUGAAAAACAAAAACAAAAACAAAGAAAAGAAGAAGAAGAAGAAGAAAAAGAAGAGAAAGAUCCUUCUCUUGUGGGAACUGUAGAAGCUUCUUAUCUAGUGGAUAGUGAGAUCUGCAGUGAUGAUUCCCCAUCUUUAAUGGGUGGUUGGCGUCAUGUUCGCAUCCCACCCACACAAACCCCCACUUUACGUAAAGGCCUCACUUGUGUGUUGUUUGCAUUAGUGCCGUGGGCGGAGCGAUUUGUGCCGUCGGCGUGGCUGCGAAAUACCGCCGCAGCCGCAAUGGUGGAAUCUUUAAAUGCCGUUACUUCCCUACCACUAUCAUCAUCAUCAUCAGCAGCAGCAGCAUCACAAUUAAAAAAGAAAAGAAAACAAGAAAGGGAAAAGGAAAGAUCCACACAGAGGCAUAUCUUCUCUUCAACGAAUCAUUCACCAUUAACAGCAGAUGCGAGUAUACGUAGUGAUGGUCCUCAUUCUUCUUCAUCAUCUUCUUCUUCCUGCAGUUGUUGCAGUUGUGAUUGUGAGAGUAAUAGUAAUAAUAAUAAUAAUAAUAGCAGCAGUAUGAGUACGACUGUUAGUAGUAGUAGUAAUGAUGAGAAUAAUAAUAAUAAUAAUCAUCAUCAUAAUAAUAAUAACAGUCGUGUGAGUAAAGAUCUUCCCUCUGUGUUGGGUGGCAGUAUGGACUCUACGUGGACUCCCAGUAGUAAU